CAGGUGCAACGGCACCACUGGCGAUUGUUGUUGUUGAUUCUUGCACUUUUGCUGUGUCUGUGGUGCGGCGUUUUCUGCUCCUUACGAUUUUCCAACGAUUUUCUUGACAAUUCCAGGGUUUAUGAUAUUUAUUUGACUGUAAAAUAGGAAUAUAUUAUGGCAAAACAUCAUCCUGACUUGAUUUUCUGUAGAAAACAGCCCGGAGUUGCCAUUGGAAGAUUGUGUGAAAAAUGCGAUGGCAAGUGUGUAAUCUGCGACUCGUACGUUCGUCCCUGCACUCUAGUGAGAAUCUGUGAUGAGUGUAAUUAUGGAUCGUACCAAGGCAGAUGUGUCAUAUGCGGAGGUCCAGGUGUAUCAGACGCCUACUACUGCAAAGAAUGCACUAUUCAAGAAAAAGACAGAGACGGUUGUCCGAAGAUUGUAAACCUAGGCAGUUCAAAGACAGAUCUAUUCUACGAAAGAAAGAAAUAUGGGUUUAAAAGAAGAUAAACAUAAAGAAUUUCAGAAAUAAAUACGACAAUAAUGAGUAAUAAACAAUGAAAAAAGUUUUUAACAUCAUCUAUACUUUAUUAUCUCUACUUUCAUGAUUAAAAUACUCCAGACAAAACCAUUGAUUGGAAUGUCCCGACGUCUGAAUGCUGCUUGCACAUAUGUAUCAUUCGUUAAAAUUCUCUUUUAUCGUUUAACAUGUAAUAUAGAAAUCUCUAAAAAAUAUCGUCGAGGUUAAAUACAGUGAUUCAGUUGGCCUGGAUAAUUAGUGUUGGUUAAUACCCUCGAACAAAAAUAAGAAAUGAUCGAGUUGAUUUUCAUCCACUGGUUAAUGUCAAAAUUUUUAAAAAUAAAGUAAAAUGUCUUGACACUGGA